AUGGACAAAGAUUGCGACAUGGUUUAUAAGAACAUCUCUGACAUAUAUAAAUCGGAGGAGUUUAAGACAUACGACAACUUUGUUUCAUUAGUUGCAAAAUGUGUAUGGCAGAUAAGAGAUAAAGACAGAAGAGGUAAGGUAUGGCAUGAACAGAUAAAACCAACUGCUUCAGAUUUAAAGAAAACCAUUGACGACUUAGUUGUUUUAGCAGGUAAGGUUUCAGAAUAUAACGCAAAAAUGAAUCCGCAAUGUUCUAAAUGUAAAGCAGCAAUGAGGAAAUAUAACUACUCCGUCAAAGAGAUAGAAAGAAUGAGAAACGACUAUGCAGAUUUAAAGAAAGAAGCAGAAAAACCAGCAGAAAAUAAAAUGGACAUGUUAGCAUUUCUGAACAAAAACUAUCCAACUGCUGACGAUUUCCUUCACUCUGACGUCAAGAAGUAUAAAGAAACCUUCGGCAUUGUUAAAACUUUUGAUGUACUAAAAGAAGAAAUUGAAGCUACGAAGCUGUUUAGGAUUUCAAAUAUACAUCGUACAAUUCAUGUGAAACGUUUAUAA